AUGCAAGGAGGAUCAUCGGGUAUUGGCUACGGUUUGAAGUAUCAGGCCAGAUGUAUAUCGGAUGUGAAAGCAGAUAGAGAUCACACCAGCUUCCUCACUGGAACCUUAAGCCUCAAAGAAGAAAACGAGGUUCAUCUGCUUCGUCUGUCACCGGGUGGAUCUGAGCUGGUUUGCGAGGGUUUGUUUUCGCAUCCUGAUGAGAUUUGGGACCUUGCUUCUUCCCCAUUCGAUCAACGCAUUUUCUCUACUGUCUUCUCCACUGGCGAGUCAUUUGGAGCAGCAAUAUGGCAGAUUCCUGAGCCGUAUGGUCAAUCGAAUUCUUCAACGUUGGAGUGUGUUGCUUCACUUGAUGCACAUGUUGGUAAGAUUAAUUGUGUUCUUUGGUGUCCCUCUGGAAAAUCUGACAAGUUGGUCAGCUUGGACGAACAAAACCUCGUCUUGUGGAGCUUAGACUGUUCAAAGAAAAGUGCUGAGGUUAUAUCCAAGGAGUCAGCUGGUAUGAGGCAUUCUUUAUCUGGUGGAGCAUGGAAUCCACAUGAUGUGAAUUCUGUUGCAGCGACUUCUGAAUCAUCUAUCCAGUUUUGGGACUUAAGGACUAUGAAGAAGGUUAAUUCAAUUGAGCGAGCCCAUGUACGUAAUGUUGAUUACAACAGCAAAAGAGAAAACAUACUUGUCACUGCAGAUGAUGAAUCUGGGAUACAUGUAUGGGAUCUUAGGAAGGCCAAGGUUCCUGUCCAAGAACUCCCUGGUCAUACUCACUGGACAUGGGCUGUGAGGUGUAACCCUGAGUAUGAAGAGCUAAUUCUGAGCGUUGGAACAGACUCGGCUGUAAACUUGUGGUUUGCUUCAGCAUCUAGUGAGAAUAAAACCUCAGAAAGCUCGUUGGAAGCAUCGCGUCAGCGAGUGAACCCGUUGCUAAAUUCUUAUACUGACUACGAAGACAGUGUCUAUGGCCUUGCUUGGAGCUCGCGUGAGCCUUGGAUCUUUGCAUCAUUGUCAUAUGACGGGAGGGUUGUGAUCGAAUCCGUCAAGCCUUUCCUGCCACGAAGAUAG